CUCAAUUUCUGCGCUUUAUCUUCCUUUCCUGCUUUUUGAGAUUAAACUCAAAGUCAUUUGGUAAAAACACAACAUGACAAAAAUGAAGGAGGAAGGAAUCAUCUUGGAAUCAGACAAGGAAGCUGGACUGAUCUCUGACUCCCCUGUCUCCGAAUCAAGUUCUCAUUUUGGAAGAACGACUGGACCAACUAGACGCUCAACAAAAGGAGGAUGGACAAAGGAAGAGGAUAAGCUUCUGUCUGAGCUAGUCAAAAAGUUUCAAGCAAGGAAUUGGAAGUUUAUUGCUGCGCAUAUUCCUCCUCGAACGGAUGUUCAAUGCUUGCACCGCUGGCAAAAGGUUCUGAAUCCUCAACUUGUUAAAGGAUCAUGGACAGAGGAGGAGGAUGAUCUAUUAGUCAAACUAGUUGAAAAAUACGGUUCCAAGAGAUGGUCUGCUAUUGCAAAGUCUUUACCAGGUCGCAUGGGCAAGCAAUGCAGGGAAAGGUGGUACAAUCAUUUAGACCCGGCUAUAAAGAAAGAUGCAUGGACGGAAGAGGGAGAGCGGGCGCUUGCUUAUUAUCACCAAAUAUGUGGUAACAAGUGGGCAGAUAUAGCUAGGUUCUUACCUGGAAGGACCGAUAAUGCCAUUAAGAAUCAUUGGAAUGGCACUCUGAAGAAGAAGACUGAUUCAUGCUCACUAGGCGGUGUUGGUUAUCUGAUGACUAGCCAAGAACCAACGAGGCCGAAGGACUGUACUUCAGAAGCUGUGGACUUGACAUCAAUGAGCAACACGACUGAUGAACCCUCUUCAAGUUCUUUAACAUUCGAUGACGACAACAUUGGCCAAACCGAGAAGAGAGAAAAAACUCGGGAAACACCUCUUUGUACUGGUGAGACCAAUCAUGACUCGGCUAUUACCACAAACGCUCAUGUCCCGGAUCUAAACGUUCCAUAUUGCUACACAACUCCUACUAAGCCUGCACAUCCUCAUUAUGCCAAUGAUGAGAGUCCAGAAUCCAUAUUGAGAAAGUCCGCGAUGACUUACAAAAACACACCUUCGAUUAUAAGGAAGAGAACGCCCAGGAGCGCUGUUCGUUCAUGCUUCUCCGAUGUCUCCUCUACACUGACCAGGAAGACAACAUCUCACACUCGGGAAAAGGAUGUCAACAGCACAGACUUACCAAACUCAAAACAUGGUUGGAUCUCAAAUUCCAUCAGUGGACCUCUCAUUGCUGUUAAACCUCUGGAAAGGCGCUUGGAAUAUGCUUUCAAUGAGGAAAAAGAUUCAAUUGAUGUUAAUUUGCCAGAUCUUGGUAUAAUUGACAUGUAAUCUUUUUGUUUUAGAUGCAUGUGUGAUAGAGAGAGAACGACUAUAU